AUGCGCACUAUGGCUAGCAUUUUCUCCCUUAUAGCCUCUGAGUUCAUCGUCCUCACCGUCCUCUCUUCCUUUGUCAUCGGAGAAAACCAAGACUUUGUCAGAACCCUAGACAGCAAGCUAUAUGGGCUCAAGCUCAAGAAAGAAAAGCUAACACAUUUUCGUGUCUAUUGGCAUGACAUUUAUAGUCCCCCAAACCCUACAGCCAUGUCCAUAGUGAGACCACCGUCCAACACAUCAGCCACUCUCUUUGGUUCUAUAAGCAUGAUUGAUGAUCCAUUGACAGAAAAGCCAGAACUAAGCUCAAAAUUGGUAGGGAAAGCUCAAGGGUUUUAUGGAUCAGCAUCACAGCAAGAACUUGGCCUAUUGAUGGCCAUGAACUUUGUGUUCCUUGAAGGCAAGUACAAUGGUAGCACCAUUAGCAUUCUAGGAAGGAACAAGGUUUUCUCCGAUGUAAGAGAGAUGCCGGUGAUCGGAGGUAGUGGGCUUUUCCGGUUUGCCAGAGGUUAUGCUCAGGCUAGUACGCAUAGUGUUGAUUUAAAGACCGGUGAUGCUGUAGUUGAGUAUAAUGUCUAUGUAUUGCACUAUUGA